AUGGACCAAGCAAAAGAGAAGAAAAUGUCUACCCUCCGCUCCACAAUUACAAGUCUAGAGGCACAGCAAACACAGCUCGAAGCUGAACUCGCAUCCACAACCUCUCAGCUGAAGAAUGAUCCUGCUACUACGGUGCAGCGCCACAUCGAUCUCUUGCACGAGUACAACGAGAUCAAAGAUGUUGGCCAGGGAUUGAUGGGCAUUAUUGCAGAUGCGCGUGGCUUGAGGCAAGUGGAUGUGGAGAAAGAGUUUGGGGCUAGCGAGAAGGACUAG